CCUUGUCUCGCUCUCGCACAAAAAAGUCUGCAAGCAGGGUUAAGGCACGCACCAACCUUUCCUCCUACCUCUACUCCUGUUCCUCGGGUUCAUCUUCACCUCGAGCGCUGCUGCGGCCAUGGUGACCAGAAGGCUGGCUCUGAGCUCCCUCUUCCACGGCAAGGCAAGGGACACUUCCUCCUUACCACCGCCGCCUCCUCCUCCUCCCGCACCAGCCUGGCCAUGGCCGUCCAGCAAGAACCCAAGAACGACGCAGCCGCAGGCAGCAGCAGCAGCAGCAGCAGCAGGCGCCAGGACCGUCGCCUCCAUCGUCCUCGACUCCGCCGACUCGUCCUUCACGGCCUCCUCCGCGCUGCAGGAGGACUGCUGCUGCUCCGACAGCCUCUCCACGGCGUCCGAGGCGUCGGCGUCGGCGUCGGCGGCGUGCGACGACGCGGCGGCGGACGACGCCGUCGUCGUGCGCGGGGUCCGCUCCGACCGGCUCCUCUUCGACCCAGGCGCGUCGGCCACCAACUCCAUCCUCGAGGAGAAGUCUGCCACCAAACGGGAGCAGGCGUUCGGCGGCGCCGUGGCCGUCGCGUUCGAGUCCGCCGACCCGUACGUGGACUUCCGGGCGUCCAUGGAGGAGAUGGUGGCCGCGCACGGGAUCGGCCGCCACUGGGGCUGGCUGGAGGAGAUGCUGGGCUGGUACCUGCGAGCCAACGACGGCGACACGCACUGCGCCAUCGUGGCGGCCUUCAUCGACGUCGUCGUCGUCGCCGCCGUAGCCGCCGACCCGGCUCGCUCUUCGCAGCAGGCCUCAUCUCGCACGUCGUUUGCGACGGGGGAGUUGGAGGUGGCAGACAAGGGCAAACCAGAUGGAGCCGGAGCGCUCGCCGUGUCAUGUUUGGAUUAAGCUGAGCUAAAUCUUCACAGUUUAUUUGCAUUACCUUAUUAUAUAUGUAGUACUACUACGUGUUAAUCUCGUCGUUCUAAAAUGUGUAGAGACUAGAGAAGAGUACUAGUGUACGGUUCUCUUGACGAUCAACCUAUGUCGUUGACCCACCUAGACGUACGAGUACGAUCGAUCAACCUAUGCAGAUUAUUCUGUGUUAAACAAGAUCGAGGGGCGAACCGUACGUACCAUGCACGCACGCAUGGACUACGGACGGGUCACGAGUCCAUGGCGAACGAGCAAAACGGCUUAGUAAAGCAAGAGGAUUCGAUUCUUCUGUGUGCAAAGAUGCACCGAUAAAAAGACGAAGCCAGAUAGAUGCAUGCAAAUGGUGCCGACCGGUAGUAGUGCAGACUGCAGAGCUGCGGAUCGUACAUGGUGCCUGCCAGUGGGUCACCCGGUUGCAAGAGGCUAUCAAAGUAUGAAUAAUGAUUACGAUCGUCGGGGAAAUAGUGGUACAUCACACUGUCUAACAGUAGUCUUGUGCUCUACACACUUGCAUCCAUAGUGAUAUCCAACGACGCGCGCGCACCGUACCGUGGACCACCACCAC